AUGUCGUUCUACGUCUCUGCUCCUGGAAAGGUGAUUCUCUUCGGUGAGCAUUCCGCUGUUUAUGGGAAACCUGCCAUCGCAGCCGCAUUGAGUCUUCGAGCAUACCUUUUGGUCGUACCCAGCGAGAAAAGUGACGAAAUCGUGUUAGAAUUCCCAGAUAUCCAGUUAAAACACAAAUGGAACCUUAGUGACAUUCCAUGGGAGCUCAUAAAUGAACAUCUUACCAAAAGGGAUGGAAAACCCGACGUUACAGAAGAACUUGUGCCAGAAAUUUUGGAUCAGUUGGCGGAUUUACUCGCUGACACGGAAAACAACCUCCAUUACAUUGCUUGUCGGUGUUUUCUCUACCUCUAUGUGAACUUAUGUGGACCCGAGACCCCAGGUUGUCAUUUCUGUAUUCGUCUGACGCUUCCAAUUGGUGCUGGCCUCGGAUCUUCUGCAUCCACAGCUGUUUGUCUUUCAACAGCAUUAGCCAAGCUCGGGGGCCACUUGACGUCUCCUGAACUCAAACUUAAUGAUAAACACCUUCGCAAGGAUACACCAGAUGCCAACUUCAUUGAUUCUUGGUCGCUCAUGGGUGAAAAAUGUUUCCAUGGAAAUCCUUCUGGAAUCGACAAUGCAGUGGCUACUCAUGGAGGAGCUGUGUUGUAUCAGCGCAUGAAGGGUCCUGGAAACCCAUCUGUUCGUACCAGUGUACGUAACUUUUCUGCCUUGAAGUUGUUGUUGACCAACACUAAGGUUCCAAGAAGCACGGCUGAAUUAGUGGGGGGAGUCGCUCAAAUAAAUACCCUAUUUCCCAAGAUCUCAGAGUCAAUUUUAGAUGCCAUGGAACAUGUGUCCAACGAUGCAUACCAGCUCAUGGUACAGCCAUUUUUUGACAAAUCUGAGCUUUCAGCCUUGGUGAAUAUUAACCAUGGUCUUUUGGUGGCCCUUGGCGUGUCUCACCCUAGCUUGGAGAAAAUCAAGAUUAUUGCUGAUUUACACAAAAUCGGCGCAACAAAGUUGACAGGAGCAGGCGGUGGAGGCUGUGCUAUCACGUUAUUGAAUGAAAACGUUGGCGAAGAUGAGUUAGCUGCUGUUGAGAAGGAAUUUGAACAGAAUGGUUUCGAAACAUUUACCACUAUGUUAGGAGGAAAGGGUGUGGGAUUGUUGGAGGGAGAAGGAGACAUGUUUUCUACUGAGAAACUUGCCGGGUUUCAAGAUAGAGACGAAAUUGAAGCUGCAGUGGGAGCUUCCACGUUGGACGGGUGGAGAUUCUGGUAG